AUGGGAAACAUCAAUGUAUUUUAGCAUCUAAACAAGAGUAUUGUAUUUACUUGCAUUAUUUCUCUAGGAUUUGGCAUAUCUGCGGUUAGGUGCUAUAAUGAUAUCUAAAAAUUGUAAAAGAAAGUAACUUGGAUGGAAGAAUCGAAAUUUUACUCUCCUUCAGAAUGUAGUGAAGAAUUUGAUAAAUUGGUUUAAUAAAGAGUUAAAGAAACGAGUCAAGAUAGCUAAUAGCUUACUGAAAAUGAAUUAUUAUUUAAAAAGGUUAUUGUUUAAGGAGCUGUUCAGUGUUAACAACCAUUGUAGUCUAAAAUAGAUUAAAAUGUUAAUAAUCUCAUUUAUAGAUAUAACUUUUGUAUAGUCAAAUACUCUAAUGAUGAGCUAAAAAAUAUUUUUGAUUUUACAAAAUUCGCUAACUAAAAGAAAUAGAAUUAGGUCUGCAUGUAUGUCCCAGAAUUUAAUUUAGUUGAUGAAAAAGAUUUAGAGAAAAAAAUAGAAGUUUGUAUAAAUUUGGAACCUAAAAUUUGCUAAACUUCAAUUAAUCACUAUACAUUAAGAUAUACUGAUAGACAACUCAGCCUUUUACAUAAAUUUUAAGCUAAAUUUUCUACUUUUGUCAAUAUUUUAGGAAUGCUCUUUUAAAAAGAUAAAUACUUCAGCUUUUCUAAAGGAAUAGAAAUAGGAUUUAAUGAACAUGAAAUAGGCAUUAAAAGUGGAGGAACUCUUGCAAUUAUUGGAGAUGUUAUUUACAAUUUCUAAACUAAAGAGCUAAAAAUGAUCAAUCCUUUAACUAUCAUUGGUAAAAAGGCUGAUUAUAUUAGAAGGCUAAUAACUAAAUAGAAAGAAAAAAAGUUCUACUUUUAUUUUUUUAUCGUAAUCUCUUGCUUAAGCUCUUACUACGUUUACAAUUAAAUUAAAAAAGCUUAAAGAGCUGGAAGAAUGCUUAUUAACCAAUAGCAAGAUUCUCUUAAAAAUGUACAAAAGGCAUUAGUAAAAGAAAUUAAUGACAUGAAAUGUGAUUUGUGUAACGAUUAAAAUAAAUAAAUGAUAUACAAACCAUGUGGGCAUUUAGUUUGCUGUAAAAGCUGUUCUACCAGUAAGAAUAUCUAAUUGUGCUAAAUUUGUAAUAAAUAAAUUACAGAAAUCGUAGAAAUUUAUUUCUCUUGA